UAGCAGAGAGGUCUAGCUGUCACGAUCGCCACAGAGAGCUUUUCGCAUCUUACGCCUAUUUCGCCUAGCUAGCAUAUAAACACAUUAACCUACCUUCAGUCGGUUUAUUGAAAGGCACAUGUGUAAUAUGUGACGGGAGCGCAUCCUUACUGUUGAUUUAAAAUGCAUCCAGAGUCACAGAGCGAGCGUUUUGCAGUAAGGGGGAGGAAAUAUAAUAUUGCUGCCAACUCUUUCUUAACCCCCCAAAAACAUGUUCUCUUAGAAGCUGAAGUGUAUUAUUUAAAAUGCUGCAUCUGUGCCUGCAUAAGGGGAUCAAACGUCCCUGCUGAAUAAACAAUAUAUAUAAGUUUACCCUGCCCAAACAGCAUUUAAAAUGUAAUUGAUUAUGGUAAUUUAGUGGAAUUGGUUUUAAUGGAAACUAAUAAUGGUCUAAUGUCUAUUGGUAUGUGAUGGAUUCUAUUGGUGGGAAUAAUGCUAAAAACAAAAAGGAGUUUUGUAACCGUUUUAAUGAAAAAAGUUUAUGGUUUAUAAUAAUAUUUUUAUUGUUUUUUUUUCAGCUGGGGUAGCCUAUAUUUGUCUGAAAUAAUGUGCAAUGACAUGGAGCUGUAAAGUGUGCAGGUAUAACGCAACCACGAGAGGUGACCUCUUACAACAUUACAGACUACGACAUUGGCCAUCUGGAACCUCAGUAGCAUGUCUUCAUUUGGAUUGUCCAUGCUCCUUUAAAACGUGGACUGCUCUCCGCACACAUCUGUCAAGGUAACCAAUCAUGAAUUCAGCAGCCCUUAGGGUAAUGAUUGACCACAGGAUAGAGAAGAUAACAUUGCCAUCUGGAAUACCAGAGUCCUUGGAAGAGUUGCACUCAACUGUCAAGCAGGCUUUAAAUAUUACAGAUGAUAUCAGUCUACAGUACAUGGAUUCAGAUUUUGAGGAUUUUUUUACUCUUCAAUCAACAACUCAGAUUCAGCACAAAUCCACCAUAAAGGUUGUGACUGUUGCACCAAUAGUUCUUACUUUGUUUCCACCCAAUGAAAGCUUUACUGAAGGUGAUAUCACAGAGCAGUGCCUUGAUACUACCACCUACACGUGUACUACCAUACAUGACUUCUCUGACACAACAGGCUCCUCUGCAAGCACGGUCAUCCUGUCACCAAACAACAGCCCAGAAAGGAAGCCAUGGCCAAAAGAGUUCAUCAUUCCACACUUCUCUGUUGAGACUGAAAUGGUUCUUGAAAAAGCCAAUGAAAUUUACAGAAAAGAUGGGACAGUGCUAACUACCCCAAAUGUCAAGUCAGACAUACUUGAAAAGCUGGCUCAGUCCAUUUUCACGUACACUGCAUAUCCAUCCUCCCUUCAGAUUCUUUCUGUAGCUGAAGCACUUAUAAAGGCACAUCCAUGUCUGACAGAUCGAGGGAGCUUUUCAGGCGUUUAUGCAUGGCAGACGAGCAUUAAAUACAAAAUGGCUAACUACCGAACAAAACUCAGAGGUUUUGGCAUUCCUGAGGUCACGUGUAAUGCUCUAAAACACAAAAACCCUGAUGACAGAAAGUCUGCAAAAAAUGUUAAAAAGCCAAGAAGAGCUGAAGUCAACUACCUCCCAUCUUACCCAGUGGGUGAAGAUGAGAAUACUUUGGAAAAAGAGAGAGAAGAGCUGGUCUCAGAAUUGAAAAAAAAGAACAAUGAAAAGAUGAUAAAGGAAAAGAUGAACAAAACAUUUGCUCAUAGACGACAUGAAAUCAUUAAUCAAUGUCCAAGUGUGCAGGAUAUAAAGGAACGAUGGCCAGCCCUGUUUCAGCCUUCUCAAGUUUCUGCAGAAUUUCAGAGAAUAACCACAGUGCAGCUGGAACCUAAAUUUAUGUCCUCAUUGGAUCUUCACACUCCCAAGCUGCUGACACUGUUUCGUGCCAAAGGAGGAGCACUUGGGCAAAGACUGAAAACUGAGAUGGAACUACUGAAGGAUGGGCAUUGUUCUGUUGAUAUGACAAGAGAGGUCGUCAUCCGCUGUAUGAUAGAAUUCCUUGGGGAACAUGCAGGAGAUCUCAUCAAAGAAUUCAACGACAAUGAAGAACAGACAAGAAUUGAACAGCUUGUGAUGGCAGUAAUUGUGACCAGGACAGGAGCUUCAAGUGACAGUCCAAAGGACACUGGAAUUGUAAUCGAGGGUGUGAAAGUUCUCACAGACCUUGAAAGUGUUCCCAGGGCUUGCUGUGUCCUCCUUGGUUUGACAUAUGCACUGAAUCUUCAUUAUCCCAGGCAUCUAAAGAAUACCUUCGAGGUAUUUCAGAAACUUCUCUUGGAGCUGGAUGCUUUGAAGCUGUCAAACAGAGUCCAGUCCCUCAGAUCUAGACUGCUGUCUUAAAAUAAGCUUGAUGCUUCAAAUCUGUUGUGAGCCCGUCUCACAAAUCAACACUGCUGUUUUAAAAUGAGAUUGCUAUUCGUUUAACUAAGUUCAGUAGUUAAAAAUAAGCUUGAUGCUUCAAAUCUGUUCAAGUCCAGUCACACAAGUCUACACGGCUGUUUUAAAAUGGAUUGCUAUUUGCUGUUUUAAAAUGGAUUGCUAUUUGUUUAACUAAGUCUACUUGUUAAAAUAUCUACACUGUUUUAAAAUUAGAUUAUUAGUAUAAUCUGUUCUGUGGUUCGAUGUUGCAGAAAAAGAAGUAAAGUUUCUUUUGUGUUCAGAAAACAUGGAAACCUUGUUUUUAUAUCCAUUUUGUUUUAAACGGUGCGACUGCAUUGUGUAUUUUGAACAGUUUGUGCCUAAAAAGAGAACACCAAAAGAGACAUUUGCACUUUUUGCACUCAUCCUGUGCGAAUUGAUGUGUCUUAAAAUGUGAAAGAUGCAGUUCUGUUUGUAAAGAGUAUAUUCACACUGAGAACACUAAUACAUGCGGUUUUUGUGACGU